AUGUUCAAAAUAUUUGGAGGAAGAGAAACCACCGCCGACUCCUCACCGCAGUCAUCCUACUCGCCGUCGUCUUCGUCUUCGAAGUCGCCGUCUCCUUCGGCUCCUCCGGUCACCGGACCGGCAAGGCCGAUCCGACUUGUGUACUGCGAUGAGAAAGGGAAGUUUCGGAUGGAUCCAGAAGCGGUGGCUACUCUUCAGCUUGUUAAGGAACCAAUCGGUGUUGUUUCGGUUUGCGGUCGCGCUCGACAGGGAAAAAGCUUUAUUUUAAAUCAGCUUCUUGGCAGGAGUAGUGGAUUUCAAGUAGCUUCCACUCAUCGGCCAUGUACAAAAGGACUUUGGUUGUGGAGUGCACCAUUAAAGAGAACUGCUCUUGAUGGAACUGAGUACAAUCUCUUACUGUUGGAUAGUGAAGGCAUAGAUGCUUAUGAUCAAACAGGGACAUACAGCACUCAAAUAUUCUCUUUAGCUGUCCUACUAUCUAGUAUGUUCAUUUACAAUCAGAUGGGUGGCAUAGAUGAAGCAGCCCUCGAUCGACUCUCUCUUGUCACGCAAAUGACAAAACAUAUUCGUGUUAGAGCUUCGGGAGGAAGGACUUCAGCUUCUGAAAUUGGGCAGUUCGCCCCAAUCUUUGUUUGGCUUCUAAGGGAUUUCUAUCUGGAUUUAGUAGAGGAUGAUAGGAGAAUAACACCCCGUGACUAUCUAGAGCUUGCUUUAAGGCCAGUUCAGGGCAGUGGAAAAGAUAUAGCUGCUAAAAAUGAGAUUCGGGACUCUAUCCGAGCUCUUUUUCCAGACAGAGAAUGCUUCCCUCUUGUGCGCCCUUUGAACAAUGAAAAUGAUCUCCAGCGUCUGGAUCAAAUAUCGUUGAAUAAACUUAGGCCUGAAUUUAGAGCUGGGCUGGAUGCGUUGACCAAAUUUGUUUUUGAGAGAACAAGGCCCAAGCAAGUUGGCGCCACUGUAAUGACAGGCCCAAUCCUUGUUGGUAUUACAGAAUCUUACCUGGAGGCUCUCAAUAAUGGUGCAGUCCCAACAAUAUCUUCCUCAUGGCAGAGCGUUGAAGAAGCUGAGUGUAGGCGAGCAUAUGACACUGCCACAGAAAUUUAUAUGUCGAGUUUUGACCGUUCGAAGCCAGCUGAGGAAGCUGUUUUGAGAGAAUCACAUGAAGAAGCGGUUCAAAAGUCACUGGCUGCAUUUAAUGCUGCUGCUGUGGGCAUUGGUUCAGCAAGGAAGAAAUACGAAGGGCUUCUCCAGAAAUUUUUAAGAAGAGCAUUUGAGGAUUACAAGAGGAAUGCCUUUAUGGAGGCAGACUUGAGAUGUUCAAAUGCUAUACAGAGCAUGGAAAAGAAACUGAGAGUAGCUUGUCAUACUUCUGAUGCCAAUGUAGAUAACGUUGUGAAAUUUCAAUGGGUCAAUACAAGGUCUGGGUUAGCACAGGAAGCCUCUUCAUAUGUUCUUUCCCCUAUCAACUUUUCUGAAAUUUCUGGAACUCUUAUAGCUGUAAAUGAGUAUGGAUACAGUGUGCUUGAUGGCCUUCUAUCUGAAUAUGAGACAUCGUGUCAUGGCCCAGGGAAAUGGCAGAAAUUAGCAAUGUUCCUUCAACAAAGUUUGGAAGGUCCAAUACUUGACCUUGCAAAGCGGCUUAAUGAUAAAAUUGGAUCUGAGAAGAGUUCUCUUAUGCUGAGAUGUCGCUUAAUGGAGGAUAAAGUGGCAUUACUUCACAAGCAAUUAGAAGCUAGUGAGAAAGACAAGUCUGAAUAUAUGAAGCGUUAUGAUGAAGCAAUUAAUGAAAAGAAGAAGCUUGCUGAUGACUAUAUGAGGCGCAUGAACGAUAUACAAAGUAAUCGCAGCUCAUUGGAUGAGAGGUGUUCAAACUUAGUGAAAGCAUUGGAAUCUGCCAAGCAAGAAACAUCCAACUGGAAAAGAAAACACGAUCAAGCUUUAUCAAAGCAGAAAGCUGAUGAAGAGCAGGCAGCUUCAGAGAUUGCAAUCCUCAAGUCUCGGAGCAGUGCUGCUGAAGCAAGGUUGGCUGCUGCUCAUGAACAGUCUAGAUCAGCUGAAGAAGAGGCAGCAGAGUGGAAACGGAAGUAUGACAUUGCUGUAAGAGAGACUAAAGCUGCUUUAGAGAAGGCGGCAAAUGUGCAAGAAAGAACCAAUAAAGAGACACAACUGAGGGAAGAUGCACUGCGGGAAGAAUUUUCUGGCCAUUUGGUUGGGAAGGAAAAUGAAAUAAAGGAGAAGAAUAGGAAGAUUGAGUAUGCCGAGCAGUGUUUGACAACCUUAAACUUGGAGCUAAAGGCUGCUGAGUCAAAAAUGAAGAGUUAUGAUACUGAAAUAUCAUCCCUGAAGCUUGAAAUCAAAGAGUUGGUUGAGAAAUUGGAGACUGCAAAUGCCAAGGCCCAAUCUUAUGAGAAAGAAGCUAGGAUUCUGGAACAAGAGAAGAUCCAUCUGGAGCAAAGGUACCGAUCUGAGUUUGAGAGGUUUGCAGAAGUCCAGGAAAGGUGUAAUUUUGCUGAAAAAGAAUGUAAGAGGGCUACGGAAUUAGCUGAUAAAGCAAGGGCUGAUGCAGUAUCAGCUCAAAAGGAAAAAAAUGAGUUUCAGAAAUUGGCAAUGGAAAGAUUAGCUCAGAUUGAGAGGGCUGAGAGGCAUAUUGAAAAUUUGGAUAGACACAAAAAUGAUUUGGCAGGUGAACUUGAAAGAGUUCGUGUGUUGGAGAUGGAUGCUGUCUCAAAAGUUGCAUUACUAGAGGUUAGAGUUGAAGAAAGGGAGAAAGAAAUAGAGUCCCUUUUGAAAUCAAACAAUGAGGAGAGGGCUAGUACAGUAAAAGCACUUCAAGAUCUUCUGGAAGAUGAACGUAAAGCCCACAGUGUUGCAAAUAAAAGAGCUGAAGAUUUCUCUCUUCAGUUGGAAGUGGCACGGGCUAAACUGGAUGCCCUUCAACAGGAAUUUACUUCAGUUCGUCUGAAUGAAUCGGCAUUGGAUGGUAAGCUUAAGGCUGCUUCCCGUGGCAAACGUUUUAGAACAGAUGAUGUUGAAAUGGGUGUAGGAUCUGUUCAAGACAUGGGCACAAAUGACAGAAGAGUAAAUAAGAGGUCCAGGAGUACGACCAGCCCUGAAAUGGUUACACAGCCAGAAGAUGGUGGUUCAGUGUUCAAGGGCGAUGAUGAUAAUCAGAGCCAGCAAACAGAUCAGGAGGAUUAUACAAAGUUUACUGUCCAAAAGCUAAAGCAGGAACUCACUAAACAUAAUUUUGGUGCUGAGCUUCUUCAGUUACGAAAUCCCAACAAGAAAGACAUACUUGCAUUAUAUGAGAAAUUUGUUCUCCAGAAGGCUUGA